GUUAACACCAUUCAUAAGGAGUACAUCAACAACUGAACAGCAAAACUAGCUUAAACUUAAUCUACGCAGUUAGACGGUAGAGCAGUGUGCGAAUGUGUAAUAACACUAUUUCUCUGACUGUCCGUUUUAGCUAAUGUAUGACCGUCAGUUGACCCUGCCAGCUCGCAUCAGCUAACUAAAUAACUAGAUUAACUUCUGUAGCGUCGACUGUUCACAUAGUUAGCCAGCUAUUUAGCGUUGGUUCGGGUAUUUGGUGUCGUUAGCUGAAUAGAUAAGAAAAGGUUUAUUUUAAUCUGUUUAACCUCUUUUCGGACGCAGUGCAGCGUUAGCUAAAGUGUGAACAUGAAAACCACUAAGAAAAAGACGGCUAAACUCAUCCAGGCAGGAGCUUCAGAGGAAUGCGGAGUUUGGCUCGACGCCGCUGAAUUAAGAGCAAAGAAGCAGCAGAAACGACUGACACGGCCAAUAUCCAAAGUACUGAAUCCACUGGCUCGGUCGGGUGGUUACAGCAUGGCAGUAGCAUUGAGCUUCACCCAGACCAAGAUGAACAUGCCUGCCACCAAGCAGAGCACCAUAUCGGCAUUCUUUCUACCGCAGAGUAAAAUGAGUAAAGACACAGAAGAACAUAGUUCUUCUCUUCCCUCAGAGAUUUCCUCUACCCCGCUUCUUGAGCCACAUAUGGGGACCAAACGAAAGCGUGCAACGACAACAGAAUUGCAGGAAACAAAUAAUGUGACCAGUCACACCUCUCAGGUACACCCACCGGAGAUUGAUGCAGAUUUAGAGAGAGAGUCAGUUGAAAUCUGUAAAGACCAGAAAAAAGAGCAGCAUUUUUUCCGUUUGAUGUGGGGAUAUCAGUCCGAGGAACAUGAGCCAGCAGAAAAGAGAAGACCUCCUGAAGAUGUGACUUUUGUAAAUGGAACAGAAACACAAAAGGAAAGCAGUCAAGCCACGUUUCACAGAUGUAGGACAAUGUAUGAGAGUCAGGAUAUCCCUGAAACUUUGCUUUACAGUGUUCAGGUACAGCAGGAUUCUCAUUGUAAUCAGUUACAUAGGAGCAGUUUUAGAACGAACAGUAGUGGUUCUUCAGCUUUUCUUUCUACAGAGGAUUUACAGUGUCAGGAAAACCUAAGGGCCUGUGCUGUAAUGCACAAGAACACUAGUAAUCAGAGGCCUGUUUUGACUACAAGAUCAAGCACAGAGAAACAACACACAGCAAAGCAUACCCCAAAUCCUCAUAAAGAGCUGGAGAUUUCUGAGCAGAAGCAUCAUUAUACUCAGAGGUCACAUGUGAAGAGAAAGGAUAAAGAAAAUUUUGGACCCACAUCACCCACACGUUACACUGACGUUUCACCUGUUAACCGGCUGCUGUCUCCCAGCCCAGCCAAGCGCUAUUCAAAUUUUGAAAAGCCAAGUGUCUUUCAAAAGGUGAAGCUUUAUCAGUCACCUAAGAAGUCAGCCAAGGAGUCUUUAGAGAAUGAGCAAGACUCUUUUGCCAUGUUAUUCACUCAAGACUCAGAAGGUUUUCGGGUGAUUGCCAAUCGCAACCAAAAGAUUAGAUGUGCACUGAAGGACCGAACCAACUCAACUGAAGACAGAGAAAACUGGAACCUACCACCUGUAAUGUCUCUGGAAAUGGAGGAGGACUCACAGGUAGAGCCAGAGGUGCUUUUCACACAGGACUCGCAGGGAAACAUGGUCAUCAAACACUAGUGUUAUUGUACUGGAAUGGUAUAAGCAGAUGUAUGUGAUAAUGCUGUGGAAAGAUGUUUUAACUGUACUCACUUUUGUUUGAACAGCAGUUAACAAACAUUUGUGCAUAUGAGUAUCAUCAGAGGGCUAGACGGUAAUUUAAGGUUUUAGCAAACCGAGUCAUGGGAAGGGCAAAAAUAUUACCUAUAACGAGAUUCAGAAUGUUCUCAGGAUUUUAAUGAAAUUCACACCUUUCACCUUUACCCAUUUUGAAAUCUGAAAUCUCACUAAUUGAAUACAUAUUAAAUGAUUCUGUACUGGAGUCCGUUCAGGAAGCAGCUCUUUUUGUAUCCAAAAAAGUUAUUUGUAAUUAUUUUUAAUUUUGUGCUGGUGAAUUUUCUUAUUUGUUUGCUCUUUUGUUUGUGUAGAAGUUUGUAUGUGCAGGUGCUGCUAAGGAUGCUUACUGAUAAUAAGACUGUUUUCUCUGUGGUCUGAGACUUGAAACACAACAACCAAACU